AUGGCAUUCGCAUCCAGUUCUUCAGCAUUUGGCAUGAAGCCGGCGGCUACCACGUCUGCACCAUCCCUCUUCGGAGGCCCUAAACCUACAGGCUCACUAUUUGGCAACACCCAGCCAGCCCAGUCUCAGCCUGCGAGCAGUCUCUUCGGACAAUCCACAUCGCAGCCAUCUGGCAGCCUGUUCGGUUCGAACGCCCAGUCGCAACCUGCCACCAACAGUCUCUUCGGCGGACAGAAUCAACCUCAACAGCAGCAGCAACAACAACCAGCAACAGGGGGUGGUCUAUUCGGCAAUACUGCACCGUCGCAACAAUCUUCCACGGGUGGCGGUCUAUUCGGAAAUACAACACAAUCCCAGCAACCAUCGACAGGUAGCGGUCUAUUUGGUAACACCACGCAAACUCAACAGCCUUCCUCGAGUCUGUUUGGAAGCACGACGCAACAGCCUUCCACUGGGCUCUUUGGCCCUACCACGACACAACAACAAUCUGGCUCAGGUGGUCUCUUUGGAUCUUCCCUCUUCGGAAAUACGAACACAUCGCAGCAACAGCAAAACCAGGGUGGCAGUAGCUUGUUCGGGUCGACGAAUCAGCAGCAGCAGGGUGGGGGUCUGUUUGGGGGAAGUACGACGGGGACAAAUCCGCUUCAAGCUCAGUCUACGCUGCCUGCAGGUGGUUUUGGGACGGGGACGGGGUCAUCGUUGUUUGGCAAUCAGCAGAGAACACAACCCGUACAGCAAGCCGGCGCACCGCCGUUCACCAAGAACACGAGGUUCAAUGACCUGCCUGACCAGCUCAAGAAGACCUUCGAGGAUAUCGAGAGUCACAUACAGGGGCGCAUACAAAUCGGAAAGGGUCUGAAGCAACGGGACCUAGGAGAGGACGCCGUCAAAGGCCAGGAGCAGCUCCGUAAAGCCCAGAAGGACCUUGUUGGUGUCCUGUCGACGACACACACAGACGCGCUGCAGACACGGGACCUGAAAGCAAAAGUCGACCAGGCUGUCCAAGAUAUGAUUAUCACUACUCGGAUCUUGGAAGGAUUCCGUAACCCACAGCAGCAUGGCGCCUAUCUAAGAGACCACGCAGGAUUCCCCCUGGAGUUCUUCCAGCGCAUUACGGAGCAAAUGAAAGACCGGCUUCAAUGGUACAAGUCUACAAUCGAACAAAUUGAGCGCAAACUAGCCUCCGCUUCCAGUCAGGCGCAGUAUACGCCGCAAGCUACUCUUGAGACGCAGCACGCCACAUUCAUGGCCCUGGCAAGCAAGACGGCCGAUCUGCACGCGGAGCUGCAGAAGAUAAAGGCGAUCUAUACGCAACUAUGGCGGGCCAAGACCGGGAGUAUGAGGGAUCCAUUCGAUGGGUCGGGUCCGGGGCUGGAGAUGUAG